CGCCGGAGGGGAGGAGUCCAGACACAAAUACACUCUCUGUGUUGUUGUGCUGUAAAAUUCCACUGUACAGUUUACAUUUACUGUCGAGAACAAACAUCGAGUUUGCCACAGGUAAGCUACACUCCUCUACCCACAGGCUAAACUAAUCUUCGGGUACAUGGAGUUGGAUCGGCGACUCUUGCUGGCUCACUGCGCCGCCCACACCCUGUCCGUUAUCGCUGGGCUCUUGGUGGUCGUGCCGCUCGCCCUCAACGGAUCUGCUUUCAAGGGGAGGUGCGCGCUGUUUAGUCAAGGCUUCUGGAGGACGGAGAACCUCACGGUGGGCGAAGGAGAGUCCAAAGCGGUCACUCAUCUGGUGGUGCAACAAUGGGGUCCACUGGCCGCCUGCCAGUUUGCCACAUUUGUCGGUGUGUUUACGGUGCUGUAUGGCGCAGUCCAGGGCUGGAGGAGCCUGUUCUACCUCACUCGACGGCAUGACGACACGCUGUUCUCUGCCUUCCUCACACUGCUGUUGAGUCUAUGUGUGCUGUUCCUCUCUGGUGGGGCCAGUGUCACCCUCACCCUGGGUCUGGUGUCCUGGUGCAACACUGUUACGGAUGACAACACCAGACCCUACAGUUGUGCUGAGUCACAGUCUGUUCCUCUAUAUCUGGAUGUUGAGACAUCCUCGUUUUACUCUGAGCUCAAUUGUGCGCAGAUCUCUCUGUGGUGUGUAACAACUCUAUGGUUGGCUCACUCUAUUUUGUCCUUCAUGAGGCUCUACCAUUCCCACAGUCAGCAGAUCAGCAGACCAUGUUUAUCCAGGGAGAAGGAACUCCUCCUGGGGCAAACUCAAGCAGUGUCUUGUCCCAUUCAACAUUCGCAUCCACACUCGCACCCUCCACACUCUCCCAGUGUUUUUAUUUAGUCAUACAGUAUUCAUAGAAGUUGCACUUUGAGGUUGAUCUAAGGUCAGUUUUAUUGAUUGGAAAGAACGAACAAGAUUGGUCCAAGAUUAGCGUAAAAGGGAAGUAAUUUCUAAACUCAAAGUCCCCACAGUUGUCAUGCAUGUUAAUAACCUCAGUCAUCUGAAUUAUCCUGGGUAUCAUUAGUUAUUUUUAAGCACUUGUUGAAAAGUAUUUAUCAUGUAGCUUGUAGUGCUUACAUUGAGGUAAAAUGUUUUGUGCACUCCCAGUCUUUGCCAUAACGGAUGUCAAAGGAUCCUCAAAUAGAUAUGUGAUAUAUAUAUAUAUUGCAUUAUUAAUGCAUCACCUUUGCAUAUACAAGAUGUUGUCUAACGUUGUAUGUUCAACCAUAUAAUGUGAAUUUUAUGUGAAUGGGAAGGAAGGACUAGCCUGUUGCAUGUGCUCAAGUCAGACCCAUGCUCUUUUUGUACUGUGAAUGUACAGCGUGACUUUUUGCAUACCGAAUGGUACCGUCGCUCAAGCCAGACAUUCUUUUUCUAAUCCGAUGAAGGUUUUUUAAAUGAAGCCGUUUGUGUUGAUGCAACCUCCUAGUUCAAAAUCCACUUUUGCAAUCCAGAGACGGAUAAGCUGGAAAAAACAUGAGAAGGAAUGUCAAGAAUGUUGCUCAUCCUUUUUGAAUUGUGAAUGUGAACCUUUGACCUGGAGGACUGUUGUGAAACACAAACGGCUGAGUAAGAAACAGGAUGGAGAUGAGUGAGAAAUGUUUAUUUAUGGUUUGGAAAUGCGAUUAUUUUUGAUGUGUGUUUUAUACUGCUGUUUGUAUCCAGAAUGUCCUAUUUAUAAGCUCUUUUCACUUGAGUAAAGGUAAUACAACAUGG